GAUGUUUUUUACAUAUUCAUUUCUUGUAAUAUGACAUUUAAGCUUUUAAAAAUAUUAAACUAUUUUAAAGGUUUACGUAUUUCUAAAAGAGAAUAUUUCGUCAUAAUCUAGUAAUUUUGCUUCACCUUUUAUUCACUAUGAAAAAAUACUUCUCACCCUCCCUCUCCGGUUCAAAUCUGAAUCAGCGGCUUUCGCAAUGGAAGUAGGUUUCGCUGAAAAAAAAGAAAAGAUAAUCGUCCUGUGCUGUGGGGUGCGAUGGGAGGUCGAGAAAAGAAGAAGAAAAAGAAAGCUUCCUCUAGUAAGAAAGUCGCAUCAAAGCAUGACGAUUGUGAUAACAAGGACGUGGAGAGAGAGGGCGAGGUUCCAGUUUCAAAUAACAACACAGCCAUAAAACAGGAGCAUACCAUGAAGGAUCUGCUAGUGAAGGUUGAGGAAUGCAUGGGAGCAAUGAACUAUGAGCUUGCUGAGAAGUUUUGUGAGAGAGCCCUUGAAAUUGAUCCAGACCACGUUGAAGCAAUAGAAAUGGCUGGUUCGGUGUUUUUGGAAACAGGACAACCAGAAAAAGCUGUAAAUUGUUUUCGUCGUGCAAUUCAGUUGUCACCUGAUGAGGGCUACAGCAAGUAUAUGUCCAUUGGCCAGAUGCUUCAAGGUAAAGAGGCGGCUGAGGUAUUCACCAAGGGAAUCCAGCUUAUGACAUCCCCACAGGGAGGGGCUAGUUUAUCAGUGUCGCCCAAGGACAUCUCUGCUGCAUAUUGCUCCUUAGCAGAAAUUUACCUUACUGAUGAAUGUUUUGAUGAUGAAGCUGAGAUAAAGUGCUCUGAGUAUUGCCAGAAAGCAAUAGAAGCAGACCCAACAAAUCCAGAGGCUUACCAAGUAAUGGCCAACUGUCUUCUCAGUCGGCAAAAGAUUGAAGAAGGAAAGAAGGUACUAAGCAAAGGAUUAGAUUUAUGGCUAGGAAAGGAUGAUGACUUACAAGAGGUCCCAAUGCCCCAUUUUGAGGCUCGCAUCACAACAGCAAAACUUCUGCUGGAACUUGAAGACUUUGAGAAAGCUGCUCAAGUUUUGCAAACUUUACUUGAAGAAAAUGAUGAGGAGCUAGAGGUGUGGUAUCUACUUGGUCUGAUGUAUCAUCUAUCAGGACAGGACCCAGUCAAUAAGAAAAUUUGCUUGGAAAGGGCACAUAAGAUUUGGAGUGAGAUGGAGAGCGAGGAUGAAGCUUUAGGAGCUCACAUUCAAGAGAUGUUGGCAAGCACGGAUGAAGAGGAUACAAUGAAUAAUGAAGACGAUGAUGAUGAGCAAAUGGAAGUGUCGUGAUGAUACCCAUGUCAUAAAUUGAAACAUUGGCAUCGCCAUAAGUGAACCCACAUUAUUCCAUAAUCAUGGUUAUCACAUGCCCAUUUUCAGAUUCCAAAUAAUGACUUCACAAUGUGGUCAAGAACUUUGGGAAGUAUCCCCUUGAUGAUCAAAUGUUCUUUGAUCACAUUACUAUGGUGACCAAAUGCUUAUAGCCUAGACGACAUUGCCAUUGUGAUUGUAUAAAGCCCUGAUGGUAUCACCAAGCAACAGCCUUUCAUUCAUAUGCCAAGUGGAAUAAACUGAGUGUUUCAAUAGACUUUCUUUUUUUGACAUUGUGUAACAUUCGCUUUUACACUAAAAAAGUUCCUCAAAAGAGCACUUCCCCCACAGUUUCAAUUCAAAUUACAGAGUGCUACAUCUAAUGUUAUUGACUCCUGACGUAAUAAAUUUAAUAAAGAUCUUUUGAUUAUUUA